ACACUUUUUUUGACAGCGGAAAUGAGCGUAGCCUCUUUUUUCGCCUCUUUUUUUCGUGGCUGAGUUUUCUUUCCUUUUCCCCCCGCGGAGGAUCAGUCGCGUGCAGUCAAAAUGUGAGAGAAAAAGACGGGCUUUUCUUUUAAAGAUGCAGCUUUUUGUCUGAAGUUCCAGCUCCCUCUGCUCCACGCGAACCUCGCUCAAGUCUUAACUUUUGAUGCUUCAAAACACAUUUCCGUUAUGCAAAGUCCAACUUGGUGGUUGGUCGUCGUGCUGCGGUGGGUGCCCGUCCGAGAUAACGGAGAGCCAGUGAUUCUCAGCCAGCCUGGUUACUGCAAUGAAUGGUAACACUAUCCAUCCAGCCAACACCGCUUCAGCAGGAGGAGGUCAGAGUGUAGCAGUGCCCCCAAGAGGCUGGAGGGAGUUCUGUGAGCUGCAUGCCAUUGCCGCAGCCCGGCAGCUGGCCGGACAUUAUCGGAAUUUUGCUAGAGAGCAUCCACAACACGACGCGCUCCCACCGGAAGCUUUUUCUAAACAGUUCUCCGACCUCUUCCGACAGCACUUCUGCUGCGAAGUUGACAAAGACGGCGCUCCAGUCCACCCGAACACACAGUGCUCUUCCGCUUCCGUUAACACCUCUUCCACAUCGUCACUACCCUCGGCUCUCCAAUCACAUGCUGUCAUUAAUCAACUGCGGAUCGCGUCGUUGUCUGGGACGCAGGACUAUCGGGAGGCGGGCAGGCCAAAUGGAGGAGCGGGUCUGUUAUCUUUGGCACCAAAGGUGGAGUCGGUGGUGGUAAACCGGGAACAAGAGCAGCCAUUGAGAUGUGCUUCAGGGAACUCUUUUUCAGGAUCGCGAAGUUUUGGCAGUGCGUCACCACUGAUUCGUAGCCAUAGCAACGAAGAGAUCUCUGGCGCUGAUCGUCAUCAGCUAACGGAGCAGUACUCCUCUGACUCCUUGGCGUCAAGUCCUGGACAUGUUGACGUCACACAUUUCUCCGUCAACCAAAUACAGCAGACGGUAAAACGGCUGUUCAGGAGAUGGCCCCAAACCAGCCCUCGCACAUCCCAGGACCUGACUCUCAUCACCCCCAACCCUACCACCACCACCUCCACCACCACCACCACCACCAAUAAUCCCCCAAAUAAUGGUGACAGAGUGGCUGGAAUUUCCUCCACCAAUGAGGAUGGGUCAUCCUCAACCACUUCCUCACACUCCUCUUGUCAAAACUCUGAAGCCAUACCCAAUUUACAACGGCGAGGCGUGGUCUCUAACCUCCUUAAUAGUUUCCGUUGGCUACGCAGCAGGAGCUUUAGGCCAAGGAGGUCAGACGUGAGCGGCUGCUGUAAAGAGGACCAACUCAAGUACUUGCUGGUGGAUGACACUAUCUCAGACUUUCAGCCCCACUGGCAACGCUGCCGCCUGCUGGUCAGGAAGAUCAGAGACGCUCAAAGUGGAGGGGGAAGAGGAGGAAGCGAGAGGUACCAGUUGGAGCUCUACGAUCCUCCCAAGGCCUCCAGUCCCAAACUGACGACUCACUGCUCAGAUAUCCAAGAAGUCCGUCGCUGCAAUCGGCUGGAGAUGCCCGACAACUUAAACACAUUUGUUUUAAAGGUUAAUCGAGGUAGUCUGAUAUUUGAGACCGACAACGACCAGCAGGUCAGCUCCUGGACCACAGAGUUAAAGGAAUGUAUAAACAACAGGUCCAGCAGCAUGGAUCUGGAGCCCCCCCUCUCCCCGGCUGACAGCUCCGCUCCCGUCAUCCACAGAAGUUCAGAGUCAGGGAGUCAAAAUCCCGUCACCUUCACCCUGCCGGAGCAGGGGGUCCAGAAGACGGACCACUUCCUGUUCUCGUACCCCUGGUUCCACGGGCCCAUCUCCCGCGUCAAGGCUGCACAUCUGGUGCAGAGCUCGGGACCGGAGGGUCACGGGGUGUUUCUGGUCCGGCAGAGCGAGACACGGAGGGGAGACUACGUCCUCACGUUUAACUAUCAGGGAAAAGCAAAGCACCUGCGUCUCUCGCUAACAGAAUGGGGUCAGUGCAGGGUGCAGCACCUGCGCUUCCCCUCCGUCAUGGACAUGCUCAGCCAUUUCCGCCUCUUCCCCAUCCCGCUGGAGUGCGGCUCUGCCGGAGCCGUCACGCUGUCCAGCUUCGUGGUGGCCGGCUCCAGCCCGCCGUCGCAGGGUCAUCUUUCAGGUGCCGUCCUCGUCCCGUUCUCCCUCCACCGCUGGAGUUCUGAGCCCAGCCUGGCCCAGUGCAGCCUGGCUCGCAGCUGCAGUCCGCCCUUCUCCUCUCCCACCAGCACCAGCACGUCUUCAUCCAGCCCCAGCUCCGUCUCCCAUCCAGGAAAUCCCCAGCAGCUCCCGCGCUCGGCCCCCGCUCCCGAGCCCGCUCCCCCGGGGCCGCCACCUCUACGGCGGAGCGAGUCGGUGGGGAGGAGGCCCCUGCUCCGUAACCCCAACGCUCCCAUCUUCCCCCACCGGGACUCGGACUACGAGCUGGAGCCCGAACGGGGCCGCAAGCGGGCCAUAGACAACCAGUACACGUUGCUGUGACAACGCGUCCAUCCACGUCCUCCGCCCGAUGAGCGAACACGCGCUCACGCAGACAAACACUUUCGUCAGACUCUGAGUGCAGGGUGGUAACCUGGUGAUAACAGACCGAUGAACUUGUAGAAACAAGUUUUUGUCUGAUGAAAGCACCACUGUGUAUCUCACAGCCUCCGCACACGAGCCGCGCAUGCACAUCAGACCCUCACAACCUCCAUCAGAGUGUCCACAGUGAAUGUAUUUUUGGUAUUUUUGAACAGUGUUGACGAUAAAUUCUUCUUUGUUAUGAUUUUGAGAUUCUGUGAGAGUCACAUUGACCAGUUGUCCUUGAACCCAUGCCAAUUGGGUUUUUUUUUUUUUUUUCUAAAUAUGACAAAAUAUUUCUAUUUUGAUGAUUUUUACAGAGGUGCAUUUGAUAUUCCUUUGGCACUUGACCUGAACUGAUGAGAAAGCACUGUCUGAAGACAUUCAAAAUACUUUCGACGUGAACUUUUCGCACACGCGCAGCGUGAAGCAAAACUUGCACCUUUUUACACAAACAAGCAACACUCUUUUUGAGUGGGGUUAUGACAUAAUCCUUCUUUUUGUGCAUUAUUAUAUAUAUAUAUUUAAGUGCACAUUGCUUUCAGGGCACUUUGUGCACAUUGUGUAUUUUUUCUAUACACAGAAUCUUUUGUAGAAAAAGAAAUUAAAAAAUAAAAAGGAGAAGAGUUUUCUUCAGUCAGUUGGGACACUUUUUUAGGGUUCAUGCCUCCUCUGCCGCUCCAUCUAGACCUUAUUAUAAAGAACCGCAGACACCAUUCGGGACCAGCUUAUCGCCAGAGCCGUUGUCCCCUAAAGCUGAGUUUGUGGUGCGAGUCUGGAUGUGUCUGUUGAAGUGUUUGUAAGCUAUAAGAAAGCAUAGAGUUUCUCUUUUUCCAGCACCAAACUCAUAAAAAAUAAGAAAUGACAAAUAAACCAGUCUCACAGAAUCAAAAUAAAUUCCUCAAAAUCAAAUAAAAUGGAGUGAUGAUUUAAGGUCAUGUCCUCUGGUUGUUUCUGAGUCAGUCACGCCUCCGUCUUCCCGUCACAGUGGAAUAUUGCAUUAGUGAUGCUUUAACAAGGUUUUGAAAGGCUAUAUUUGAGUCUGAAUGAACUUUCUAACUUAGACCUAGUUAAAGCUAAACUAUUUUUUUUUU